UCCAAAUCUUUAAAGUUAACAAAUCCCACCUCCUCAGGGCGUUUAAUCAGUCGAAUGUUGUUGUUAUGUUUUCCCAUUUAAUUUAUGUCCAAUUUUCUUCGACAAGAACAAAAUCCAGCACAAAGAUAAAAGCUUUAAUCUUUUCACACUCUGUCGAACUCGUUUGCAAAAGCGGGAGUUCACACUACAUCUCAAAGCAGCAGUUGUUUCCUUGCUUCUGCGGUUACCAAAUCAUUAAAAAAAAAAUGCAAAAUUCAGAACUUAAAUUUCGAAUUUUUACCUCAUUUCUUCAAUUCUCAUUUGGGUUUUGUCCCUCCUCUAGAUCUGUUGAUGUUCUGUCUUCUAAGUUCUAACCUCUGGAUUUUGACAUAAUCCUCGUUUUGUUUACAUGGCAGACUAGAUGGAAGGGGGAAGCGAUUUUCGGCAUUGGGACGAUUUGAUUCCAGAUGCAUUGGGUCUGAUUUUUGGCAAUCUCACUCUCCAGGAGAUACUGACAGUGAUCCCGAGGGUUUGCCAAUCCUGGAACAAGGCAGUGUUGGGGCCUUACUGCUGGCAAGAGAUUGACAUUGAGGACUGGAGUAACAGAUGCCAGGCUCACCACCUCGAUCGAAUGCUUGAAAUGCUGAUUGCUAGAAGCUGUGGAUCGCUCCGAAAGCUCACAGUUUCCGGCCUCCAAAAUGACAGAAUCUUCUCCCACAUUGCUGAGCAUACUGGUUCCCUUCAGACCUUGAGACUGCCAAGAAGUGAAAUUAGUGAUUCUAUAGUAGAAAAGACUGCUGGAAGGCUCUCAAAUAUCACUUUCCUGGAUCUUAGCUACUGUGGCAAAAUUGGUUUUCGUGCUUUAGAGGCCAUCGGAAAGAACUGUAAAAUGCUCGUAGCAUUGUGUCGGAACAUGCACCCAUUGGAUACAGCAGGCAAGCCUUUGCUGGAUGACGAGGCUUGUGCCAUUGCCACCACAAUGCCAAGGCUCAAGCACCUUGAGAUGGCAUACCAUCUUAUCAGCACAGGAAGUGCUCUCCAAAUACUCUCGAGCUGCCGCGAGCUCGAGUUCCUGGAUUUGAGAGGGUGCUGGGAUGUUAAACUUGAGGACAAGUUCCUGAAAGAGAAGUACCCAAAAUUGAAGGUUUUGGGGCCUCUUGUUCUGGACUACUAUGAGAGGAAUGAGUGGGAAGAUUGCUCGGAUUUCUCCGAUGCUUCUGAUUAUUUGGCAUGGGAAUUCGUCGCCGGUGAAUUGGAGGAUUACUAUGAUGACGACGACGACGAGAGUUAUGCCGAGAUGUGGGAUGAUGAAGGCAGGCUGGAGCAGCUUGAGCUGAGGUUCUAUGAAGGAAUUGAUCACCAUGAAGAUGCAGGAGGAGUUGGUUGGCCUCCAUCUCCUUAGUAAAAUUUAAGUUUGUGUUUUUUUCUUUAUUUGUCAAACUGUUUGCUUCUCUUUUUUCAAGCAGUUCCUUGAUGCUUCUGUUUGGAACU